AUGGUGACAAAAAUCGGAGAAUUUGCAAUGAUCUAUCAUACUACGGAAAAUCAGGCGCCAUCAAAAUUCGAAGAGGAAAAAAUCAUAAACACAGAGGUUCAUGGUGAAGCCGAGUUAUAUGUACAAAAAUCCAAGUUUGCGUUAUCGAAACUGUUGGAUCGGAACAAAUUUGCAACAAGUCUACCAUGCUUGCUUUUCCAAUACUUGCUUGUUGCUAUACGUUCACCCUCCGUACAAUCUCCACGCUCCACCCCAUCUUCAACAUCAGACACACCCCCAGCUUCUGCCUUAUCUGUAUUCUAUUCAACAUUUACAUCGCCGGAUCCGGAUCUCCUCUUCGGUAACAUAUUCGAAGAACUAUUACGACCGGAAGUCGACACUCCGCAUUGGUUUUACGCUCCGAUAGGAACGGUAGCUGGCGGUAUUUUGGGAUUUAUUAUUGGAAAUCUACCGGGUUUGAUACUCGGAGCCUAUUUAGGGGGGAAACUAGGCGGCAUAAGAGAUGCUAAAG